UUAACUGUGACAUGCAUACGCAUCCAUACCUAUUGUUGUAACUCAACAUACACACUUGCAUACAUGUAUAUUAACUUUACAGAUAGUGAAUCAGAUCAGAACUCUUAUCGUUAAUUGUACUACUUCAUCUGUGUUCCCAGUGUUCCUGAGUGAAUAAUCAGCCAAAGUGUAUCAUCAAUUUUACUUACUCUAGAUAACGGGAAAGCUCCAUAUAACGUAAGGGUAUACGCUAUAGUAUUUGUGGAUAGCCGGUGAAUUAAAAGUGAUAUAAGUAUAUUAAAUAAUAAAAACGCCGUUGACGCUGGCGGCCACAAGAGCAGCAGCAGAGAGUUCGGCGACGUGGAAGAAUAUGUCUGCUGACGUGUUGUCCUCGUGACAGCUGCCGUCCUGCACCAGCUUGACCAGUUGUAAAAUACUUAUGAUCGGUAUCGAGACCACCAGUUAGCAAUGUGGGGUAGUUCGGAGGAACCACCAGGGACAAUGGAGGCAGGCCCUCCUCCUCCUCUUCCCGAGUCUGUGACCAAUUUAAAAGAAACAUGUGAACAGAGUAAAAACCAAUUAGAAUCUGUGAAAGACAUAAUGCUCAAAAACAAGCAGAGCUUAAAGAAGAAAGAAGAGGAAUUACAGGAGUAUGCAAAAAAAUUAUCUAAAUUUAAAACCAGAGCCAAAAGAUCUCAUCGCUUGACCAGAGAUGAUACCACAUCUUCCAGUGAAAGUACUUCAAAGUCCAAGUCUGAUACAACCACACCCGAUUUAACUCAGGACGUGGUUGAUGACAUCAGCCAAGCAAAAACUCCAAUAGCCAAGUCUUCGUUGUUGCAAAAAAAAUUAGCUGAAGAUAGAAAAAUAUUUGAACAGAGAAGCAAAGAAUUAACUGAGAGUAAGAGGGCUGCGGAAGAGAAAGUUGAAGCUCUAAGGCAGCAAUUUGAAGAGACAUACAUUACUCCUGUGUCAAUUGUCACCCCUGUACUUGUAACGUCACAGACUGCUCAUCCGGUGAUCGAGUUAAGUUCUGUUCAAGACAAAGAUAAAAAAAUUACCGAGUUGAGCAAUAAGUUAUUUGAAAUGGAAGCAGCCGUCAUCGACCUUCAAGAAAAUUUGAAAGAAAAAGAUUCAGUUAUAGACUCCAAAACAAAAGCCAUCACGUUGAUGUCUGCAGAUUUGUCUAAAAGAGGAAAAGUGACAUUGGAUACCUUGGAAGAUACGAAAGACGAAAUGAGAUCAAUGCAAGAAAAUUUCGUACUGGUAGAGGAAUCGUUACGCAGUAAAAACGACAAUCUAUUGAAGCAGCUAGAAGAAAAAACUAGUCAAAUAUCAGCUUUGGAAGAAAAUGUUCAAAGUUUAACAGGGCGAUUGGAAGCCCAAAUGCAAGCAGAAAUAGUUAGUGUCGAUUUUUCACGUUCGACCAUGGAUACGUUAGCUGAUACUAAAGAUGCCAUGAAAUCAAUGCAAGAAAAUUUCGUUUUGAUGGAAACAUCACUCAAAGAUAAGAACGAAAAUUUAUUAAAGCAACUGGAAGAGCGUGAAAUAAAAUUAGCUGAAGCUGAAGCAAAAAUCUUGCAUCUGGAGUCUGGUCUUGGUAUCGAAAAGCAACCAGAGGUCGAAGAUUUGAUGUACAAAAUCGAAAAACUAGAACGAGAAAACCGCAAUUUGCAAGAUGAAAAAUAUAAAUUACAAAAGAGCAUUUCUGAAUUGCAAAAUCAGAUCGUCGUUAGUGAGCCUACAAAUAAUGAUGCCCUAAUAGCCGAAAAGGACAGUAAAAUAGUAGAACUAGAAAGUCUCCUUGAAGAGUUAAAGAAAUCUCAUCAAGGUCAAGAGGAGCAGUACAAAACUGAGCUGCAGAAACAAAUUGAUGAGCUGAAUGCUAUAAAUGUAAAUUUGUCUGAUAGAAUUAUCGAAUUGGAGAAGAAAGUUGAUGAAUUGGAAACCGAAAAGGGCGAACUAUCUACAAAACUUAGUAUCAUUGAGAGCGAAGCUCCUAAGGAAGACGACCGUGUUCUGAAACUGACGAAAGAAUUGGAUGAAUUAAAUAAAAGCAUGAUCAAACUGAAAGCUCAGCACAAAAAUAAAUUGAAGACCUUGCAAAAACAACUAAAGAGCUUUGAGAAGGUGUCCGACUCGAAUGCCGAACUGGUUAAGUUAGCAAACCAGAUCACCUUGCUGGAAGAAGAGAAAGGUAACCUUCAGCUGAGUCUGGUAGACUUUGAUGAGCUUAAAGUAUCGGCGGGUGAGUGGCAAGAACGCAUCCCCGACCUUGAAGGUAAGGUCUCAGCUCAAGCUAAAGAGAUCGAGUCGCAUAUCGAAGCCAUCGCCAUCCUGGAAAACCAAAAACUGGAUCUCAUGCAAGAACUCCACGCGGUCAAACAAGAGGUAUCGAGUCUGGAGGCCGAGAAUGCCGAGUCCGAGAGUUUGCGGGUCACCGCGGAAAUAAAGGUCGUCGAUCUGGAGGAGCAGCUGGAAACCCUGCAGAAGCAGAGCUCCGAGGAUGCCGAUCGCGCCGAGCAGCAGCGGCAACUCGAGAGUCUGAGGGAAGAGAACGAGCGCCUCUCCCAGAAGGUCCUCAAGCUCGAAGAGCUCAAAGCUUCGUCGGACGUCGGCUCGACCGAGUCUUUCGUCAAGACCGGCUCCAACGUCGACUCGACCGAGUCGUUCGAGGCUCUGAACGCCGAUGCCGAUCGCGCCGAACUCUUGCGCAAAAUCGAUACUCUGACCCGGGAGAACGGAGUACUGCUCGAGAAGCUGACGCGUUUCGAGGAGAAGGGCUCCUCGGACACCGGCUCCACCGAGUCGUUCGAGCGCAUACCCGAGCAAGGCGAAGCGAGCUCGCGCCUCGACAAUUUGACGCGCGAGAACUACGAGCUCGCCAUGAAAGUUACCAAGCUCGAGGAGACGCUAGCCGGUCUCAAAGAGUCCGAGGUGCCGCAGUUGGAGCAAGAGGCGAAAGCGCGCGAGGUGAGAUCGGUAGAUGCUCCGGGGGUUGAGGGCCAGGAGGCUGGAAUGGGUUCGACGACAGUGGUAGAGGAGGGCGCCAACGUGGAGGAGCUUUUGGCGAAAAUCUGCCGCUUAACGGCGCUCAACGAGAAUUUGACGAGCAGCUUGCAGGAGCUCGAGAAAGAAAAGUCCGAGCUCGUCUCCAAGUUGAUGGAAAAACCACUCGAGGAAGAGGAAGUCAAGAAAGUGCGAGAUGAACCAACUCCGGCAACCAAAGAAGAAAAACUUGGUGUCGAGAAAGAUACCGUCGCUCAAGAAUUGCACGAAGAGGAGCCUAUAAUUCCCGAAUCAACAUCCGCCGUGGAAAGCUCUCUGCUGGUAGAUGAUGAAAAGUCAGGCGGUGCCGUCGACCAAUCCGUCGAGGGUACGAAACCGAGCGAGUCGGAGCUCGCGGCAGUGGCCACGCUUGAGGCUGAGAUCGCACGGUGCAACGCCGUAAUCCACGAACAAAAGGACGCGAUCGAGGAUCUGCGGUCGAAAUUGGCCGACAAGGAGGUAGAGCUCGAACGCAAGUCCGCGCAAAUAGCCAGCGACAGCGAGACUUGCGAUCUGGACGUGACUUCGUUGCGCCGCGAGUUGGAAGACAGCGCGAGCUCGAUCGUCGAGUGGAAGGCGAGGUGCUCAGAGACCGAGGCCAAGCUGGAAUCCCUGGAGCACAGCAAGCAGGAGAUCGCCGAAGGUUUGCAGGCACUGCAGGAAGACAAAAACAAUCUGCUCGAAGAGUCCGCGCGCAAGGACGCCCUCGUGAAUUCUUUGAAAGAGGAACUGGACAGCACGAUAGCGAGUUUCGAGGAGAAAUUGAAGGUGCAGACCGACGUCCUUGAAUCGCAAGAGGAACUUGUUCAUAACCUGAGAAAGAGCAUCGAGACUAAGGAUCAGGAGCUGCAGGCCAAGUACGCGCAGUUGCAGAGUGACCUGAUCAAAAUGGACGAGCUUCAGGAGGAGAUGGGCAAGCUGUCGGGAAAACUCCAGCAACGAGAUACGACUGUAGCGUCGAUGACCGAGGAAUUGGAGGCCUUGAGAACGAAUUCUACCCUAGUGGAAGAGGACUUGUUCGUGGCGAGACAUCAGUUGUUCGAUUUACAAAAGAAACUAGAAAAUACCAAAUCUGCAGAAGAGUACGAGCAGCUGGCUGAGAAUUUAAACAGCAAGCAGCUCCUCGUCGACGAGCUUGAAGGUAAAAUUGCCCAGAGAGUCGCUGAAAUCGAUGCGUUGAAGGGCCAAGCCAAGGCACUUAGUGCUGAAAACGAUAAACUUCGCGAGCAGCUCCAGGAAGAGGAGAGCAAAGCAGCGGAUCUCUUGGAGAGCAACAGAGGUCAGGAACAGGCGCUUCAAAAUGCCGAAAGAACGAGAGCCGAUCUGGAGAACCGCUUCUUGGAGCUGCAGUCACUGCACGAGGAGCAGGAAUGGCAAUUCAGGAGCAACAGUAAUGAGUUGCGAGAUGCUUACAAGCUGAUGGAACAGUUGAAGAUCAAACACACCGAGGACAUCAACAUGUUGAACCGCCGACUCGAGGAUUCCCUGGAGGACAUCCAGCUUAAGGCUCAGGAAAUCGCUGGUUUGCAGAGUGAGCUGAAUCAGAAGAACAGUUUGGUGGCUGCCAGCGUAUCGGAAGAGGUAAAGUCGGGCUUGGAGUCUCAAGUGACCGAUUUGGAAAAGAGAUUGGCAGAGGCUGAAGAAAAGUCGCAGACUCAAUUGGAGAAGAUGAAGAAAUAUGCAGCCGUUGCGAAGAAGAAGACUGCUCAAGUUGAGGAACUGGAAAGUAAGAUUCGCGAGCUAGAGGAGAAGUUGACGUUGGAGAAGAGCGAGAAGGACGUCAAGAACAGCGAGCUGCAGCAAUCUCUAACUCAGAUCCAAGAGAAGGACAAUAGAAUCGUGGCAAUGGAAGAGGAGCUCGAACGCGCGCAGACAGAGAGAGCCGAGGCUGUUCGUGACGUGGAAGCAACCAUGUCGGAACUCACCGAAACUGGACAAAAAUUGAGCGCUCUUCAGGAGGAGCUGCAGCAGUUGAACGAGGUGAAGGAACGCGCGCGCGAGUUGGGCGUGCGCAUGGAGGUCAUGGAAAAGGAAUACAUGGAGCAGCUUACCCAGAUAAAUUCUCUGACGACCGAGAACAGACUGUUGUUGUCGAAACAGACCCAAAUCAACGAGCGCCUGGAGAACGUCGAGAAAGAAUCGGAAGAGCGUCGCGCCCAGCUAGAAAAACUCGAGAAGGAGAAGGAGAUCGAGGAAACUCGCAAGACUGAGGCUCAGGAGAUUUGCACGCAGUGUGCCUCGCGCGUGCAAGCUCUCGAGGCUAAACUGCAGGAACGUGACGCGGAGAUCGAAAAUCUUGACAACGAACUGCACAACUCGAUCGGUAAUCUCGUGCAGAUGCAGGAGAACUUGCGACUGAGUACCAUUCCGGACAACUCGUUGCAGGAGUCCUACAACGAGCUCAUGGCGCAGUUUAACUCGCUGACAGCUGCAAACGAGGAGACGAGGACGAAGUACGAGGCGGCGCUGAGGGAAAAUUACGAGCUAUCUCAACGAGUGUCCCAUCUGCAGGAGCUCAACACGACAAUGCAGACUAAACUCGAGGAAGUUGAAAGAGAGCUUGCAAAGGACAAAGAAACUGCAGCAGCUUUCGAGAGCAAGCACAGUCAGUACAUUGAUCUACUGGAGCGGUUCGAGAAGCAGAAAGCAGAGCUCGAGACGUCCCAAUCUGACCUUCAUCAAGCACUCGCGACCAGCGAAGCUAGCCAGCGUGAAUUACAGGGCAGGAUCGAACAGCUAGAGGGAGACAAGCAGAACCUUAUUCGAGAUUACGAACAGCUGAAACAAGAAAAGUUGAAUCUCCUGCAGGAAGUCGAACAGCUUAAGAGUACUCAACAGAACGUCGUCGUGGAUGAGGGCUGGGGAUUAGAUGCCACCUCGUCCGUGUUUGAUGUCGAAGCUCUAUCACAGCAGCAGCAGGCAGCCAACGAAACCGACCAACGGCAAAAGAGAGACGUCGAGGAGUCGCUCAACGAGAUACCUCCUCUGUUCGACGCUUCGGUAUUUGGCGCUCCCCCAGCUCAACCUGCCAGCGCUGAACAAGAGCUCGAGAUCGGAAGACUGAGGGAUGAGGUGAGUGCACUGAACAGACAAAUAGAAGAGAGAAAGCUCGAGGCGGAGUCAGCGCAAGUGCAUCUGAACAGCGAGAUCCAGCAGGCGAGAGAAACCAUCGAGUCGUUGACCGUGGAGCUACGCAAUCUCAAUGCAGCACGCGCAGAUCUGGAAAGUGCUCUCUUGGUCAAGGACGCGGAGGUGUCGGCAUUGCACAACGAGAUAAAGGCAGCCAAUGACGCACUGGCAGCGGCAAAGGUAGAUUACGAGAAGCUGUCCGAAGAACUGGAACACAAGAACGCGUGGAUCAUCUCAGCGACGAACGAGAGGGAGGGCUACCUGGGUCAACUGGAACAUUUGAACCUCGAAAAACAGGAGGCCGAGCGCGUCGUCGGUAACUUGCUGUUCGGCACCCCGGGUCUGGACGAGUCGUCGUCGCUUGUGCAAAAACUCCAGAGCUUUGAGAUCAAGCAUGGAGAACUUUUGUCGGAAUUGGAAGCGGCUAAGAAUGAGAAUCAAGAAUUGUUGGCGGCUCAGGAGGUGCACAGGGUCAAAAUCGUUCAGUUGGAGAUGGAAGCCAAGACGAGCGGCGAUAGCGCGGUGAUCGCCGAGCUCGAAAGUAGAGUCGCUCAAGUUGUCAGAGAGAGGGAAAUCCUGCAGUUGCAAGUGAACGACGUAGCUCGCGCCUACGAGGAUCUGAAGGAGAGCACCGCAGCUCUGAAUAACGUCCAGAGCCAGCUUGAGGCUGCGAAUCAAGAGAAGGACCAACUGUUACGCGAGAUUGAAGUUCUCCGUGCUAGCCAGGAGAUCAAAGUGGAGAAGAGAGAAGCGCAGCAGGUCAAAUCGGCUCCCGCUCCGACGUCCGAGUCGAUGUGGGAGGAUGACGAAGACCCGUGGGGAUUCAACGACAAGUCGGUCGAGCCCGAGCAGCACGUUUACAUUCCCGUGGUUCCGAGCACGGAGAUUCAGCUGAGGCUGAAGGUUGACGAGCUCGAGGAGAAGCUUAAGGAGUUAACGGACGAGAACGCCAAGCUUAUCGAGGAGGGCAAGACCGCGCAAGUGAAGAACGUCAAGUACGUGAAGAAGCUGAAGGAGUACAAAGUGCAGUUUGACAGUUUGCAGCGCGAGCUCAAGUCGCAGCGGUCGAUAGGCGGCUUAGGUGACCUAGAUUCCGCGAUCGAGGAAGAGUUCAGGGCCCAGAUUGCGAGUCUCGAAAAAGUCUUGGUCGAGACCAGAGAAGAGAACAAGAAGCUCGUCGUGGAGAAGGCCCAGCUGCAGACAAAGACGCAACAGCUGGCAGACACUCUGAACGAGAAGAAGUUGCGGCUGGACGAGCUGAGCAUGGAAAUUGCUGUCAAGGACAACGAGCUUUCGAAACAAAGAUCGGAACUUGAGGAGCUACGAGGCGUGGGGGACAAAGUUAAAGGACUUGAGCUGUCGAUCGAAGCCUACGUGAUGGAGGUGCAAGAGAAGAACGAGAAAAUCAACGAGCAGCAAGCCAAACUGAACGACCUCGAGGCCACUCUCAACGAUAGAGAGCAGCAGGAAAUCGACCAGUUGCGAUUCGAUCUGCAGAGCAAGAUGAGCGAGCUCGAGGAGGUCAAGGGUAAGCUGGAAGCGCUAACACAAGAGCAGAGCGCCAGCACGCCGAAAGAAGUUGUCAGCGUGCAAGAGACCGCGGUGCAUGAAGAUGACGUGCCCGUGUUUACGUUUGGAAGUGAUACCGACGAUGAUCGGGAGCUGAAAAAGCUCAAGGCUGAGCUGAAAGCGAAAAACGACGAGAUCGAGCACCUAUUGUAUUCGCUUAACGAAGCUAAGACGACGCGCAUGAUUCAGGAGUUGCAGGAUAACGUGAACGCGCUGUACAACGAGAAAUCUUACUUGGAGGAGCAGAUAAUCAUCAAGAACCAGGAGAUUCACGCCCUCAAGACGCAGCUGGACGGUCGGCCGGCACAGCAACAGCAACAGCACGAAAGAAGAAAGCGAUCGUUAGGGGAACAGGAAGAACUUAUGAGACUACAGAAUGAGCUGCACUCAAGAGACCAGCAGAUCAACGACCUGAGGUAUUUGCUUGCAGAGAAAGAAGCUCAGCUGAAGGAAACCCUGCCAGUAGCUGAGGAAGCAAAGUACAAAAUGUACGAGAACUUCCAGGAAAUCGAAAGUUACAAGUUGACCGUAGAUGAGCUGCAGGCCGAGGUCGCGAGUCUACGUGGUCUGGAAAGAUUGGCUGCUGAAGAUAAGGCGACGAUCGAGAGAUUAAACUCUGAGAAGGAGACGGUUCGGAUGGAGGCUCAGCAGGACCUCGAACGAAUACUAUUGGAAAAGAAAGACGAAAUAGCAAGUAUAAAGAAGCAACUGGAGGAAGAGAACCAACGUUUGAUGAGUAACCUCGGUUUGCGCGAGCGGGACGUGGAAAAUCUGAAACAGCAGCUGCUGGAGUUGGCACAGUCGAAGGACAGCCACAUUGAACAACAGCUGGCCAUGAUGCACAACGAGUUGGAUCAGUGCAAUCGAGAUAAGAAAAAUUUAGAGCAGCGGUUGCUGGAGGUCGUGGAGUACAAGGACAACCAGGUCGAACACGAACGAGCAAGGCUGCAAAAGGAUAUCUGGGAGCAGGAUCAAAAAAUUGUCGAGUUGAAUGCCACAAAAGAGGCGGACAUUAACAAUAUGCUGGUGCAGCUGAGCGAAAAGAACGCUAAAAUAGAAGAGCUCGUUGCUUGGAGUGGAGAUCAAGAGAAUCAGCUCGCAGCCUUGAAGAAGCUCUUGGAGAUGAGGGAACAACAGAUCAAUGGACUUAUGCAGCAAUUGGAGGAGAAGAGCAGAGAGUACGAGCUCAUUCACAACGCGCUGCAGCGACACGUGUCUAAACCCGAACAAUCUGCAGAAGUGCAACAUCUGCAAAGUGAAUCCGUACCAGUCGAAACGGACCGAGAGCUGGAUCUUGCGCUGUACAUGUUGCAUCAGAGGGACGUGCGAUGUGAGGAACUAGCGCUCGAGCUGACGCAGUUGGUUGACGAACGAGAUACCCUACAGCUGAGAUUGUCGAAUGCGCUCAGGGUGAACGAGGAGCUGAAAAAGUAUGCGGAUACGAGUCCGCCGAAAGAUCCGUCACAGUCGUCGAGUGCUAGUAAAGUCGAGGCCGAGCCCCUCGUUGAAAAUCCCUCGCCUUCUAAAUCCAAAGGCCCGGUCGAAAUAGCCAAGGAGGCCAUUGACUCGCCCAUUGGCGAGGACAAGAAGGCUCUUGCUCAGAAGCUAUCGCAGUUGAAAAGUAUAGAUCACGGGAGAGACGUACGAUUGAAGGACGAUCGGGAGCAGAGGCACUCGCAGCAAAUGAUGUUGAUGGCUCACAAGGAUGUGCUGAGUAAACUGCCGCCCGAAGCUGCGGCUAGACUGGUCAAUGCCAACUACACGCUCUCGCGAGACGUUCAGAGUCAAUCGAGCGUUCUAAUGAACUGGCUGUGGGGGAAGAGCACGCCGAAGGUAAUGCACAUGUGAUAGAGGAAAAAACGCCAGAUAGAAAAUCAGAAAAAGAGCAACCAAGGGAGUCGAAAGAGCCAAUGGAGGUGGAAAAAGAGGAAGAGGUGGAG